UUACCUCAGUUUACGUGUAACCUCACAUCAGGAGGUACGUGUGUUAGUUAACGUAUAAAUAAAACAUUUUCACAUACAUACGUGCCUGUUACGCGCGAUAAACUUUUGUUGCUUUUGCUCAACGGGACGAAACGAAAUUUGAGGUUAGUUUUUAAAUUUUAUUUUCGUAACUAAUCAUUGGCUUAUUGGUUCCGUGCGAAUUUGAGGGGGAAUUAAACAUGACGUCACGAAGCCUGACUAUUUACUGUCGUAAAUAUAAAACUGUAUUAUACAAUUGAAUCAUUGGAUUGAUAAGUGGUUCAUCACAAAACGCAAGAAAAAAAGCUUUACAAGCCGUCAACAAUGGGGAGCAUCGAGACCCUUGUGCUCCUCCAGCUGGUCUACAUCAGCAGCUGCAUGGACCAGCUGCACAUCGUGUACGAGUGGAAGCAGCUUGACUUCCAAUUCCCCUCACCGGAGGCAAGGCAACUGGCUCUGGACGCGAAAGGCUUCAUUCCCGAGAACAACGUCCCCAUGGGCCUGGAGGUGUACGAAGAUCGAUUGUUUGUGACUGUCCCGAGGUGGAGGUCUGGCGUGCCCUCCAGUUUGAACUACAUCAAUUUGAAAGAUAACUCAACGAGAUCUCCUGUUCUUGUACCUUACCCAAACUGGGCAGCUCAUUCCACCGGUCUCGAUGGUAAGCCACCGGAAAUUGUCUCGCCAUACCGCGUCAGGGCAGACCGAUGCGGUCGCCUCUGGGUUUUGGACAACGGUAAAAUAGCAACCUUAGAAAGCAAUACCACAAAAUAUCCUCCUUCGCUCAUAAUCUACGAUUUGAAAACCGACAAUCUACUCAGGAAGUACGUGUUCCCCGAAGACCAGGUUAAACAAGAUUCCGGUUUUGCCAAUAUCGCCGUAGAGGAUACGGACUGCGAUAAAACUUAUGCGUAUGCCGGCGAUUUGGGCAAACCGGCCAUAGUCGUCUAUUCAUGGGAGAAAAACGAUUCGUGGCGCAUAACCCAUCACUACUUUAACCCCGACCCGUUGGCCUGCGAUUUCAGCGUGAAAGGCCACAAUUUUAGCUGGACCGACGCGAUAUUCGGCCUAGGCCUCUCCGCUCCCAAUGCUGAUAACUUCAGCACCCUGUAUUUCCACCCGAUGGCCAGUUACAACGAAUUUUCGGUUUCGACUGAGUACUUAAGUAACCAAACCGUCGCCGAUGAUAACUUUGAUGCCUUCAAACUGUUAGGGAGCCGGGGGCCAAACGCUCAAUCAAGUGUUUCGUUUGUGGAUAGAAAGACCGGUGUCCUAUUUUAUUCGUUAGUGAAUCUAAACGCUGUGGCCUGUUGGCGGACAUCGAACAACAAAUACCUGAUGAAGAAUCAAGGCAGAAUUUACAUGAACGAGGAGACCAUGGUGUACCCUACCGAUAUAAAAGUCGAUUACGAGGAUAACUUAUGGAUCCUUUCGAAUCGAUUGCCGAUUUCGAUGUACGGAAAAUUGGAUCUUAACGAAGUGAACUUUAGGGUGUUUUCCGCUCCCGUCGUCCAUGCUAUAAGUCAUACGGCUUGUGACAUCACUCCGAGGUCCGAUAUUCUGGAGAAAUUCGUGAAUAAAGCCAAGAACAUAACAAAAGAUAUCGUCGCCAAGGUUAAGCCGAAUUCUUCGACUACCACCAAACCUAUUACAGUUUUAUUAACAUUAAGUUGUCUCGUAAGGUUUUUAGCUACGUAAGUCGUUUCAAAAAUCAUUCUGUUCGCCGUUCGUAGGGGCUAAUGACGUCACUGAAUUUGACAGUAUGAAGCUAGUCGUCAAUGUAACACGACAGUGACGUUCGCAUAGCUUCUAUCAAUAGACGUUCCCUGCUCUUUUCAUGUAAGAAUAAAAAUACAAAGAAUCCUUUUUUUUUAAAUAACGAAUUUAUUUUUUUCAAUUACGUAGCAAUUAAUCGGUUCACCAAUAAUUCUAAUAAGUGUCUCCGUAACUGCACAUGUUGCUGUCUCUCUCGCACGCCCGCGUUUUACGCACAAUGUGUACAUUUUAGUGUUAUUCGACCGCUAACCCCAUCAUGGAAAAUAUUAAUUCUGUUUUAGAUUUUGGGUAAUUUAUUAUCUGGAAAGUCGGUCAGUUAUUACAUCAUUUAUCGAAACAACAUAAAAUAUAAACGUUUUUGUAUUUACGUGUGCUAUUUUGUUUAGUAGCGCUACAACUAGUGGUAGGACCUCUUGUGUGUCCGCGCGGGUAGGUACUACCACCCUUCUUAUUUCUGCCGUGAAGCAGUAAUGCGUUUCGGUUUGAAGAGUGGGGCAGCCGUUGUAACUAUACUGAGAUCUUAGAACUUAUAUCUCAAGACGGGUGACGCAUUUACGUUGUAGAUGUCUAUGGGCUCCAGUAACCACUUUACUCCUUAAGUGGGCUGUGAGCUCGUCCAACCAUCUAAGCAAUAAAAAAUAAUAAUAAUAUAAUAGCGUUAUAAGUCUAAUUUAUAACGCGCUUAAUUUAGCAUAAGCACACGCUUUUUUCGAUAUCUGUAUAUAGAUAUUAGUUUCUAAUAAUUUAUUAUUUUUAUUGAAAAUUAAAUAAAGCAUUCCCGUUACAUUUUCUUCGGUUUUUAUUUGUGAUAAUAGUCGUCGAGUGUAAUUUAUAUUUUAUAUUUUAGUCGAUCGUAAAAUCAUCACAUUCGGAAUUUUUGUUACGAACCAAUUAUUAGUCGUCAUACAUAAUUUUUAUGGAGAAUCCGGUAGUAGAUUCUGCGAAGCAUUGCUCUUGCUAGGGUCAGUGUUAGCAACACUCCGGUUUGAGCCCCGUGAGCUCACCUACACACUUUAGGGUGAAGCUGAAAUAGCCUUGAGAGGCUAUCAGCAAGGGUAAAAAUAAAAAAGGUGAAAAAGGAUAUUCAAAGAUUCAAAGACAAUCAACGGAAGCGUGUUAAAAAGAUGGCCGCUUUAGAAAAAAAAAAAAACGAUUUGUGAUCGAUAAAUAUUUAAGUGUAUUUAUCUAUGUGAUCGAUUUUACACAUUUGUACUUAUUAAUUGUAAUUUGAAUUAUAUGUAUAUAUUUCGUCAUAUAUGAUAUGAUUUUAUUAUAAUAAACAAUGUUAUAUAUUUGGCAGUGAUAUUUGUAAAAUUAAAAGUUAUCAUUAUGUAGACUUAUCUCGUUGCAAGAACAUGAUGCUUUUGUAAUUAAUUUAGGCUAAUUCAUUAUUGCUGUCGAUGUUAAGGCUUCGUCAAACAGAACGCGUAAACUGACGGCGCGCUAUGACGCCGAGAUGUCUUGUACUACUAUUGUAACAAACCGUCAAACAGAGCCCCAGCGCUAUAAGUACGCAACGCUCUGUCGCGGCGUUAGGACGAUUUGACGUCAGGCGUUGUAAUUUUUUACAAAUUUUAUUUUAGCGUCCGAGUGAAUGUGUAUUAAAAUACUAAAUAAUGCUCGAAAAUUUUAUAGAAAUAGUUAGAAAAUACCCAUGCUUAUACAAUUCCACAUCUGAAUCACUCAACAUCUUAAUACUUUUAAAUUUUCACACUGCUAUCAAAAGGCACUAUGAUUUGGCGAAUGCGUUGCGUCAAGGAGCGUUGGACUCAUCUAGUCAAUUUGUGUGACAUGAAAGAGCGCGACGAACGCGACGCUGUAACGCAGCGCUAAGUACGCGUUCUGUUUGACGAAGCCUUUAAUGGUAAUUUAUUGAACAGCACCCUUAAUAAACACCCAAUAAAAAUAUAAGUUUUCCACUAGGUAUCUACUCCAUUACUUCUGUGUUUCGAUCGGAACCUAAAUAGCAUUUUUAGUGCUUAAAUUUUGCAUCACGAAAGAAAGGCGCGUGGCGAAAAAUGUGCAUAACAUUCAAAAUAUCAUAUUGCUAUCUCCUCACUGAUCAAAGCUCGCAUUGAAAAUCAUGUCUUAAUCAACAUUUCUUGUUGACCAAAUGAGAAGCAUAAACGUCAAAUAUCUAUAUCGACGCUUGAAAGGCAAACGUGACUAAGCGACAAUAGCUGCUUUGUACAUAAAUGAUAGGCAAUAACCGUAUUCGAUGCGCAAAAAAAAAAAUAUAUUUCUAGGUCUAUUAAAAUCAUUUCAAUCCUACAGCUAGAUUCGUUAAAAUAGAUUUUUUUCAGGUAUUUCAACUUUAAAUUAGUCCAAUGUAAAGUUCACGCAUUGUCGCUUAGUCACGUUUGCCUUUCAAGCGUCGAUAUAUUAAUACGUGAAGCAAAAACUUUGUAUCCCUUUUUACGAAAAUUGCGCGGACGGAGGAGUAUGAAAUUUUCCACACUUAUAGAGAAUAUAGCGAAGAAGUGCACAAUGCUAAUAUUGUUUAAAAAUAAUGCAUAAAAGAUACAUUAAUUAAAUAAAGAAAACAUUACACACACUACCAUGUAUUUGACACACACACGCAUGCAUACUAUUUAUUUAUUGUCAAACUUUUGUUCUUGACGUCUGUGGUCAAAUUGAGAGUAGAUUAAAUAUUGUUUGUCUUUAUUAAUAUUUUUCUAUAGUGUUGUAGUCUUGGCGUUGAAAAUAUAAUCAUAAUAGUGUACAAGCUUACAAUUCCAAUUAAUUAUAGUCGAAUUUUGGGCUACCGAUGGACCUCUAGUUUCUAUAAUGUUCUCCUACAAAAAGUUCUGAGGUACCUAUAACACACAUGAAAAGACAAUACAGUCGAAUUGAUAGUCGCUUGCUUUUUUUGAUGGACUAAACUUUUCCACAUAAAUAAUUUAUUGAAUUUAAAAUAAAUAUGGUAAUAUUUUUAAAGUUUAAUACUAGUCCCACACACAUUCCUUAUUUUCAGCAACGACUAUCUUAUUUGUGCCUUUAAAAGUGAUAUUUUAUUUUUGUAAGACAAGACGUGUAGAUUUAAAAACAUAAUAUGUUAAAAUUAUUUUAUUGUAUAUUAAUUUAAAUGUUUACUUAAUUUUUAAUUUAGAAAUAAAACAUUUGAAUGUCA